CAGCACGGGUGAGACUUGGUUUGGGUUGUACCUCCACGUCCAGUCCCACACCGUAGAGCCCUUGGUAUGGCACUAAUGCCAUAUUCACUCUCACCGUGACUUCGGUGAUUUGUUCCCUGUGACUUGGAGCCAGACUCCAUGAAGCCCUGGACCCUGGUAUCUGUAGCUGCCCAUCAACUUCAGGAUCCUCGGGUGUUAUCGUGUACUUGGCUUCUUUGUACUGAUAUAUCAUCUGUCUCUUCCAUCCAUCUAGAGCAGUGGUGUAUCCAAACAGGUUGCAUCCUUGCGGGCUCUUGGCCUGCACAGGCGCUGCUUCUCUCAGUGGCAGGUCUGGUCUGUUGAUGACUUCAGACACGAGCUUGGCCCAUGUUAUAAGCUCCCAGUGGCCAGGUCCUUCCCGGCCAUUGAGCCUUGUCUUUGCCCAGCGCCAGUCGAGUGGUCGGUACACUCUCAUAACUUGAGGGGCUCGUUCCGAUCCUUCGACCACUGGAUGCUGUCUGACUGGCCAUACAUGGAGUGGCCACAUUGCUUGUAAUGCGGCACCGCAGCCUGUCCAGUGCUGGCGCAUUUUGUCUUGGCCUUCUACUGUCAUGUUGGUUUCAAGCUCCCAGCCCCCUCUAAAGGGCAUCAAGGGAGCCAAAGGGCUUACGGCUCGUGUUACUCUCCAUCCUCCAGAGCGUCCUGCGUCGAUCAGUUGCCCGUUCCCGAGGCCUCCGAGGCACAUCGGGCAGUACCAGAGGAUCUUCCCGUCCCAGGUGCACGUACAUUGAUCAAGUCGCUCGGUGCCGGGGAACCCGACAUCCCAUUGCUCCUGAAAUUGCAGUCUCAGGAGUUGCGUUCCUCUACAGCAGGAACAGACAUAGGUGUCCAUCACCUUGGCAGGGUGAUGUCUCACCAGAUUCCUCAUCCUCCCUAUGUCCUGGUCAGGAGGACUGAGAGGCCGCGUGAAGCUUGGUCCGCUCCACACGGUUGGUAACUCUUUCUCCGUUCCGCAGACGGCACAAUCAAAGUCAGCUUUGUACCAUCUCACUUUCUCCACCUGAUCAGUCAGGCAUCCUCUUCUAGCGUUUUCCAGCAGGGUAAACGCUCGUCCGGCCCAAAUGCCAUUCAUGGUUCUUCUUGUGAUAACCAGCCCCUUGAUGAUGGCCAGUUCAAUAAAGGGUGGUUCUGCAGUGUGUUGGCUGGCCAUCUCUUCCUCUAGUUAUUCCUUGGUAUGAGUUGGAGUCCUGGGUAUGGGCUUCAACUGCUCCACUCCUUGGAUCCCUUUCUUCUUCAACCGCACUGUGUUUCGGUCUAACACUUCUUCCACUAUGUCGGUCUUCUCGUACUUUGCUUUCACUGCAGUGUUGCCGGGUAUGUCUCUUGCCUUGAUCCACACUCGCUGUCCAACACUGAAUGGUCCCGUGGGCUUCUGGUCUUCCCUUUUUGUUGGGUUCCGCCCACUUUCUAGCGUCACAAAGGGGCGUUGGUUCAACUCCUCUGAGGGGGAGGGUCUAUCUUGUCUCCACCUCCCAUUGAGUUGAGCCGCAAUCUCCAAUGUCUUGGUACUCCACUCUUUGCCAUUGGCGUUCUUUCCUAACCAGUUCUUGAUCAGGCCGAUGGUUCUUUCGGCGACCCCGUUGGCUUGAGGAGUAUAAGGGGGUGAGUAGAUUCGCUCUACUCCCCACUUUUGGCACCAUCUGUCCACUAAAGCAUUCUUGAACGGUGUCCCGUUGUCUGUCCUCAGUUCUUUCGGUAUACCGAGCCACAUACACCCGUCGUCCAGGGUGCGUAGCACACUGUUGGCGUUGGCACAUCUCACUGCCUUUAGCCCUACUUGUCCCGACAUAGUGUCCACAAGCACAAUCAGGUACUUUUCUCCUUUCAUACCCUUGACCCCCAUGGGCCCAGCAAUGUCCAUACAGACUGAGCCCCAUGGGAUUGUGCUCUUGAUGGUUAGGCCAUCCGCUCGUUGCCCUCUGCGGCCUGCGUUGUAUCGUCCGCACGCCUCACAGUUUCUUAAGGCAGCACGUAUGGCUCUAUCCGUGAUCCAAAGUUCCAGUCGCUCCAACUCUUUCCGUGUGGGUAGUGGGCCAACAUGGCCAAGCGCUUCGUGUACGGCCUGCACCACUCUCCCCACGGACUCCUGUGGGACUAUCCUCCCCUUAGGCGUCGCAUCCCACUUCUCACACCCUACCACUACAACUCUCCUUUCUUGCACGAAACGAUCCACCUGUUCGUUCCCUUGCCAAUGGGCCCCCUCCUUGGUAUGGGCCCUUUGAUGGACUACUUCUAUUUCCAUACUCAGACGUAGCUCGGCUAUCUUCUUCCAUAGCUCACUGUGAGCCACUUGCUUUCCUUUUGCUCCUUCAUAGCCAUUUUCUUCCCAAAUGGCUAGGUCUUCUUUGAGCGCUUGGGCACAGUAGUAACUGUCUGUUACCAACUGUACUCUUGUCACAUGUCGGUUCAUGGCUUCCAGCAAUCCUUCCAGAACUGCUGUGACUUCUCCUACUUGUGCACUGCCGACGGUCUUUCCUCGCCGACGCACUUGUUCUAUUCCAUUCUGUCGAAGGAUGAAGCCCCAAUAGGCAAGUCGGUCAUCGCCUUUCCUGGACCCAUCAGUAUAGAGGAUCCACUCGAUCGGUUGUUCCUUCUCUUGCUGGGGCUCCCUAGGCUUCUUGGAGGCUGUUGCUGGCCCGAUCUCAAGGUCUGGAUCCAGUAGGAUGUCUUCCCACCUUCCCCAUCUCACAUUGGUAGCUUUAGUGCUUUCAAUGGUCUCUUUCCUUAGGAACCGGUGCACGUUGCUCUGUGUUGUAACUUUAAUGCCUUGUCCCUGGGCCAGGUCUUUGAGAGCACUCCAAUAUCUAGCGAGUACGGCCAACUCCUUCUCUUCUUGUGGAUACUUCUUUUCCACUGAGGACAGGGUGUAGCUCCAUAGCGUCACUAGACCUUCUCCUUCAUUCUUAACACUUAUCACUGCAUCGUCUCCUUCGCAGGACACUUCAGCGGCUAAGCGGGCGGUUAGACUUCUUGGUUCCAAUCUUACUGCUUCUUUGAUGGCUUGCUUCAGCUUCUCCAGGUGCUCCUGGUCUUUUGCUGACCAUGGCCAUCCGUGGUUGUUUUCCUGCCCGUUGUCAUUCUUUCUCAACCUGGCAUACAGAGGUCUUGCAUGCUUCUGGUAGUGGGGGACGUGAUCCCGGACAUAAUUGCAAAGUCCCAAUAUCCUUUGUAGCUCGUUCUCUGUGGUAGGCGGCAGGAUCUGUUCGAUCUUUUGCCUGUACCCAUCCGAGAGACCCAAGUCUGUAGCUAUUUGGAAACCCAGGUAGUCGACUUGGAAUCGGGCUAGCUGACAUUUCUUGAGGUUGAGCUUGAGGCCUGCCUUCGAGACCCUUUCAAGCACAGCUUGCAAUAAGUCUAGGUGUUCUUCUUCUGUGUCGCUUGCGAUGAACACAUCAUCGAUGUACACUGCGACGGGUAGUCCCUCCAACACUUGCAUAACCGCUGAUUGGAACACAUUGGGUGAAUUCUUGUACCCUUGUGGUAGUCUUUGCCACACAUAUGCUUUUCCCCGAUGGGUGAACGCUGUUUUUCCUUGCGAGGUCUUAGCUAACCUUAGUGAGAAGAAGCCAUUAGCCAAGUCUAUACAUGACUUGUAUUUCUUCACUUGUAACGUUUUCAAUGAUGCUUGGGGAUUGAUCAAGCUGGCUCGGUUAGCCACUGUUCUCCGGUUUAGGGCUUUAAAGUUGAUAACGGGUCGCCAUCCUCCUCCUACUGACUCAGGCUUCUUCACCGCUUGAAUCGGGCUGUUAGUGAGAGGGUAUGGUUCCUCACGAAGUAUGCCCAAUGUCAGUAGCUCGUUGACGAUCACGUCCAUCUCAGCCACUGCUCCUGGGUUCAGUGGAUACUGCCUCACUGGGGGAUGUACUCCCCCUUCGAUGAUGUGCACGUACUUGGGCCCCAAAUCCCCGCAGUCGUUCUUGAAAUGGGCCACUAUGACCCCUUCCAGGAUUCGAGCCAGUCGCUCUUUUCCAGCCGGUGAUAGAUCGCUUUCCUGGAUCUGUUGCACCUUUACGGCGGGCACAUCUACGGGCUUGUACCAUCCUCCAUGAGUUGAGCCUGUUGGUCCCAUUUGAACCGCUCUUGAUUGUAGUUUCCCCAGGCGUUCUUGGAGGGAACGACGCUUUGCUCCCUUCUUAUGUAGAUCUUCUGCAUCCCUCAAGGUCAACAAGUUGUUUGGUCCUAUGAUCCAUAUCAGUCCUUUCCAUAUCCCAAACGGCAUCCGUCUGGCGGAGCCGUCCGCCAAUAUGACGUCCAAGUGUCCUUUCUGUUUGAGGCUUCUGCGGGUCAUUGACACUUCAGCUCCUGUGUCCACCAGAUAGGGUACUCCCUCCACAUCAGAGAAGAGCAUAUCUCCCUUACGGUAGACAUGGUCCUUUGUGACCCGCGCCUCGUUGGCCAUCAUUGGCUCGCCCCUCCGGAGCCCGCUGCCUUGCGGGACUCACGAAGGGCUGCCUUUUCUUCUGGUGUCAUCUUGUUGUAUUCUUCGGCGGGUAUGAACCCUCCGGUUUUCUUCGUAGGUUUCUGGCGAGGUGCUGGUGUCGGACCUUCACUCUGCCGUGGCUGUUGAGCACUGGGUUCACCAGGUUUUGAUGAUUGACUUGACUUCUGGUUCGGCCGCUGUUCAGUGCUGGUCCCUUGCUUUGCUUUACGCUUGUCGGCGUAAUGCCUUCUUAGCAAAUCCCAUUUCCUCACGGUUUCUUCGAUUUGAUCCAUCUUCGCAUCCGCUUUUAGGGUGACGAAGAGAUGCUCACUUUCGGCCCCCUUCACUACCUUUCGCAGGACACCAACGAAUCUCGAAGGGGUUACCGCUGUCUUCAUUCUAUGCCAGAGCGGAGUCAAAGCCUGGCCUUGCUUCAGUUUGUCACGGGCAGCUGCGAUGAAGGCAUCUUCGUCGUCUUCCUCGUGUAUGACCCAUCUGUCAUAUAUCUCUUGGGCCGUCUCAUCCUGACCGACUUCUUCCGUGGUAACAAACUGUAGCCAAUUCUUCUUGGCCUCUUCACAGACCCCACAGCUCUUAACUAUCCUCCAGGUCUCGCGGAGGUAGGCUUCAACUGUCUCUCCAGGCUUCAUGGCUCUUAUGAGAUUCUUCAGGGUUUUUAGGCCUUCAUAACCCCCCAUGGUUGAUCCUUCUCUCCGUUGUUGGAGAGCUGGGGCGGUUGUAGUGGCUUGACUGCCUUGGUCCGCUGCUUGCGGGGGUAUUGUUAUGACGGUGGCCCUGUCAUCUUGGUCUUCUACAACCUCACCACAGAUUGCCAAGUCCUUUCUGGCUUGGUCAUAGGCUGUUUGCUUCAGUCGUCUUAGCAUCAUAUCGUACAUUACUGCCACGAAGCCCUCUCGGAAGUUCUUGGUCAGGUCUCGGUAGCCCACCAAGGUAUGGUAGGAUGGUGUCAUCAGUAAGUUGGCCAUUUCUCCCCAAGUCAUACGGACCUCUCUUCUCACCUCUUCAUUCAGCUUAUACUGCCAUGCUGGAGGUAUAGCGUAAUGACUUUGUCCUGCCUCAGGUAUGUAGGCUUUUCUCCCGUCUCUGGUUUCCACAUGGCCCCAUUGCACGUCUCGGGCCAGCCUCUCGGAGGCUCGGUAGAUGUCGAGGACCUGUAUGUUGCUCUUCCGUCCUUUGUAGACCCCUGACUUCAGUGCCUGUUCUGGGGGGUCAUGAGGUUCGGCUGCAGAGCGCAGGCUGUGGUCACCCUGGUCGUCGUUCUCCUCUUCCAUUGGGUCUACGGGAGGUUGUCUUGCUAGUUCUUCCCCACCAGGUUGUGCCCUGCCAGUAGGUCGUUCUGCCCUGACUGGUCGCUCUGCUCCAGCAGGGUCUGGUACCUCGGCUUGGUCCAGUACCGGCACACUCCCUUGUCGUGAGGACUGACUCUCUCUCCCUGCGGUUACGUUGCUUGGACCCAGCGUUUCUUCUCGUAUGCUUCGACGAGGAGGCGACGGACUCGGGCUGACGUCCCAUCCUCGACUGCCUCUGGUCCCCUGUGAUGGUUGGUUCUUCACUGGGGUCCGUUCUGGAGCCCUUCCUGGUCGGGGCUUUGGUGUGGAUGCAGCAGCUUCGGACUGCCAUUGCUGUAUAUCUUGCUUCUGAGGGGUGUGAGGUGUGGUAGAGGGAGUAGUACCAGCCAAGGCGGCGUUGAACCUUUCCUCAUUCUGCUUGGGAGAGGAUGCCACUAUGAUCUCAGUUUUAGUCGGCACCAAGUGGCUUCGUUCAAGGUACACUUGUCCAGCCACUUCAGCAGCUCUUCGUGCUUCCAUCCAUGUCAGGGUAUGUGACCUUAGUCCAUCCAUGUACAUCACUAUUCUUCGCGCUCCUCGGUCUACCGCUUCACCUAUCCCUUCUUCCAAUCUUUUUGCCAUUUCCUUCUGAUAUGUUUCCAGCUCAUGCCGUCCUUCGUAGGCUCUGAUGGGGAUGUGUAAUGUGAACCAGUAGCGGCUUACCCCUCCACUGGUUGCCAUUAUGCUUAAUCUUGUCUUUUGGUUUAGGUGUUUCUGUAGUCGUUCUUUUACUUCUCCUCUGUAUUCGCUUCCCAUCAGGUCCCUCAGGUUGGACUUGAACCUCUUGUUUCGGGGUUUAUAGCGGUCAUCAGUGAAGACUAGUAGGCCAUCUGCUGUUAGGUCCCUUAGGUCUCCUACGUACUGGUACAGAACACUGCUCCGGUACCUCAACAGAGGCCAUGCCCCUGAUGGUAGAGGAUCCAAGUCGGCCAUGUGUGUCCUUUGUUCCUUGUUCGUCUUGUCCCUUGCUUUCGGAGCAUGGUUCCUUGACUGGGGAACAUCCACACGUACUGGUCCUAUCGGGUUUGGUCUUGUAGCCGGUAGUACAGGCGUCGUUACAGCCGAAAGUGGCCGUACUGGCUCUGCCUGUGUUCCUAUUCUGGCUUGUUCACUUACUUGGGUUCUACUUGUGUCAAUCACUCUUGUUGCUUGUAUAGGCCUGACCAAUUCUUCUCGUCUGACUUGUUGAAUUGGUUGGUUGUCUGGCCUUAUGUCUGGAGUGCGUGGCCUUGGAUGGGAUUGCCAGUCGAAUGGCUCGUCCUCUUCUGGUCCCUCUGGACUUGACGAGAUGACUAUGGAAUCAUCUGGUUCUGGUCCGGGUGCUGGUGUGCGUGGUGGUACAAGAUGAGAAGGGCCCGGUUCCUCGGUCGGUUGUAACUCUAUUUUGUUAUGGAGAGGGUCUGUCAUCUCCAUGUCUUCUGACCAGUCCCCGGAGAACGCGUCUUCAAUAGCGGUCUGUGUUUCCUCCCAUCUUCUCCUCUUUUCGGCCAUCAGCUCCCCCAGCCUCCGUAGGGUCUCUUGGUGCUCUUUACGCCGUGGGAUGGCUUUGGCUUGACGGUUGAUUAGGUCCGGAUGAACCUUCACUUCCUUGGCCAACAUCUUCACGGUGCUGUCAUACUCUUCAGAGGUGCUCACCAGAUGGGUUAUAGGUCCUCCUUCCCAAUUCGUCAGCAAUUCCUGCCACCAGGCCAACCAUUCCUGUGUUUCUUUGUCGUUUCUUGGUAUCCGGUCCGGAUGGCUGACCACCAUGACUACUUGGUCUCCCUCCGGACUCUGUCUCAUCCUCUGGGCAAAGGCUCUUCCAUUCGCUGUAAUCUGGCUUCCCAUUACAGAUGGAAGCAUGAUAGCGUCGAUGGAAGGGUUUAACGCUUCAAACUCGUCUCUCGCGUUUUCAGCCCAGUUUGCCAGUCCUUUCCCCCAUAGGAGUAUCUGAGUCGGAAUACUAGGGUCCAUCUUCAGAGGUGCAUCCCCUCUUUGCGUUGAUGUAGCAUCUCUUCCUGCCAUAUCUUCUUCUGGAGUCGCUGCCAGCGAUCUCCUGUAGUAGUGGGGGUGAGUUGCUGCUUUCCCAAGCCUCUCGUUCCGGUUUGAGUCAGGGAGGGAUUGCAGCUCACUGGCUACUCGACGCUGAACUUGUCUCCGCGCCUCUUUUCUUCUGGACCUGUCGCUCGUGCACAACCAGAGUCGACAGAGGUCUCGUAUCAGCUGAGGGCCUUCGGGUUCAGCGACAGCUUGAUACUCGGGUUCGGCCACCUUGGCUCCCCGUUCCUUCUUCUCGUGAGCCUCGCUCAGAGCGCUCACUCGAAUGUGUUGUCUUUGCUCUUUGCUCCAACAACGUCUUCUUUGACUGUGUCUUUUCACUAGAGAGAGUCCCCCUCAAGGGAAGCGUCCUUGAAUCCAGCAGUACACGAACAGGAUGGGCCCCAGGAGUAUCAUCAUGGGUCACUCAGUCCGGCUCUUGCAAUGGUCCUCGGGCACUCUCUCUCCUUCAGUCCGUUUCUAUUCCACCCUUGACUGCGUGUCCUCCUGGAUACUCGGGUAAGGGUGGCUGGACCUCUUUGUGACAAUCACAGUCCUUAGCGAGAAACAGUCCUUGUCCUCCUGCCGUUGCCUCUGUGGCCACACCGGUAAGAAUGUUCUUUUCCAGGAGACUCUUCUCCUCAAAGAUCAACUGUUUCGCACCGUUUUCAGGGUCGUACUAAACACGAAAUUAUGUAAGUGGAGCUCACAACCGUUUGGGAAGAAAACAAAUUAUAAGCUUACCACUUCAGGUUCUUCUGAAGCUCGACUCCUGUACUAAACAGCCAAAUCGAGCCCCACGUUGGGCGCCACGUGUUUAAUCCCUAGUUACCUAGGCGGUGCAAGACCCUUGCUCCCUCGUGCAAGAAGCAGGCGCACCUGCCUACCUGACUACUCCGUUCAAAGGGUUACGGUUUCUCCCGUAGAGGGAAGAGAAACCUCUAAGUCAGGGGCGAGAGGAACUCACCCAGGUAUUAACAGCCUCGGUAGUGCAGAGGCGGCCCCGCUGCAUCCGAGCCGCGCAAGACCAGAGUAACCCAAGGUUGGUCGUACGAGACGUCGGACCCUCUGCUUUUACGACUGCUUCCUCUCUCAAUGGAUAGUUGCUUUUGGUAAGGACCUGGGGUUAUUUACUCAUCUAUCAGCAAUCAGAGGGACCUGUCUUAACUAAGGUUACCGGAACAACCUCAAAGGAAUUUGUCUGUAACACACUGCUUACUCUUUUACCUUCAAAGAAGAUACUGGGUGACAACUCUUAGUGAAAGAGUGAAAAGCUUUAUUAGGAAAGUUAGCAAGGGCAUUGAAGCAGGUACUCUAUUAACUAUAAGGAUAUACUGUACACAAUGUCAGACUAGCCGCAAUGAGCUCCACUCACAUGUACCUAGAUAGAAAGAAGCGCAAGGCCGCAGGCCAGUGCCUCAGUCCUACCCCGAUGAUGAAGCCGGUAGUGAAGACAAAAAGUCCAGUGAGGAUGAGUUCGCUUCUUGGGGAUAAGUCUAGUUGAUGCGGGUCGGGCGUCGGGUGAUCAGGCCUCCGACCUUCCCUGGUUGUCCUGACGGCUCUAGGUUGCUCCCGAGAGCGGCAAGGCUGGGGACCGCUGCGGUGACUGGCUCCGUGCUCACUCAGGCUCAGCUCUUCUCUCGGUAGCGCCGCAGACAGAAUCUUCAGUUGGUGUCUCAGGUUCAUCUGAAAGACGGAGUCUUCCCCUUCUGCUGGGCAGAUGAGUUGAGUCCAAUCUUCCUUCAGCAGUCCCAGAGCUGUGUUGCGAGCCUUGGAGCUUCGGAGAUGCGAUCCAUGAGAGGAUCGCCUGGAGCCAGCGUCGAUUGUAGAGCGCGUCCUCUUUUUAUGCUGUCUUCAGUCUCCGCCUGCUCAUGGGAGUGUCCAUUACCUCAUUCUGAGACCUCCCAGAGGAGUGUCUUUCCCAGAAUAGUUUGUACUUUCCCCGACCGCGCUGAUUCAGCAUGACUCAUCUCCUUGGUUGAACUUGUGUCCUCGUUUGACCCGUCCUGGACUGCCAUAUUUGGUCAUCAUCCUGUCCUGAGAUGAACUCAGUGGUUGACCGCAGAUGACUCCUCAGGUGUCCUCAGCUGAACUCCUAAGGAUGUCCUUAUAUGGGUUGCCUGGCUUUGCCAUUGUUCUGCAAUGACUAUGACCCCUAGUGGCCUUUCACCAGACUACCGAAACUUAAUGUUCUACUUUGUGGCUUAAUGAUUAUGGAGGAGCUCACAUUGGCAUCAGUUAUCUUAUAAUCAUUAACAUUUUAGUAUCAAAACAUGUUAUUCUAACAUUACAUCAUGUUAUUUUAACAUUCAGUUCAGCACCAACAUCGGAACAUGACAUUCAACUUGUAAAACAUUAACACUUGUUUUCAUACAACCUUAGACAUCAACCUGUUGUUUCUGUUUGACAUUCUCAAGGCCAUAGGACUAUAUGCUUCUAUUAAAUCAUGUUGCUGAAUAAUACUGAUUAUAACAUCAUAACCUAAGUGCUUUAAGCAUUGCGAUAGUUAUGCAAGUAUCCCUAUUGAUGUGUAUUGCAAUGGUGUGUGUGUUUGUCCCUAUAAAUGCACAUAUAUACUAACAUGAGGUACCAACUAACUUGUGUUUUAUAUGGUUACAUUCCUAAAAGCGACAGAGUGUUUGAGCAUGCUAGACUGUGCUUUGUUCCUUGAUUAUUACAAGUACUUUUGGUAUAAAAGUUGGCCUUUUAGGAGGUGUUGUACCUAGGUCACUCGACAGUAUAUAUCACAACACAACAACUACAACAAAUCUGUUGCCAAAGCUCCUUUAGAUUUGUCACUGGAGUCGUUUAUGCUUUAUGGCGGUGUAUGUGCUGCACUUUACGUUUCACCAGAGACACUCGUCCGCACGCUGCAACCUCUUUUCUGCUGUGACAUUUUGCAUUAAUAGCAAUGACACGCGUUCGAGGUUACAAAGUAACUGAUGAUCGUUUAUUGAGCAACUGAGAGGACAGGAAGUCAUAUUUGCAUUAAAUCUGACUCAGAUUGAAUGUUCAUGUAAAACAGAUGCUAAAUCAAUGUCAUGCAAGUCUGCGUUAUAAUAUAGAAAUUGAUUGAUAGAAUAAUAUUGUUCUUGUCCUGUUUAUGAUCUAUGAUUUAUUACUUUUAUUAUUCAGUGUUGUAAUCGUUUUCUUUUGUUUCAUCAAUCAGGAGAUCCUUUCCAAACAUUCCAGUGUUGUGCAGUUUGACAAGUCUUUGGUCUUGCCCAUGGAGAGGUUAGAUUGGAAGAGUGCUUUUAAUUUGAUGUUGUUCCUGUCUUAGUUUUACAUAAUACCUUAUAUAUGACCAAUAAGAUCGCUAUAAUGUACGCAUUGCUACUAUUUACAUCCAUUCCCAUCCUUUAGCUGGCAGCCCAGGCUCUCACGUUGUUUAAGAGACGGACGGUUAACCGGUUGCUAGUCUUGCGAUACCCGGUGCAUGUCUACAAUUGAUGCAUCUAAGGAUUUAUGGCUGAUUCUGAUUGAUCCAGGAGGCUUCUUCUGGUACAACCGUAUUGCUCGCUUGCCAAACCGGAUAUCCGGUCGCAUCGGUCUAUCGUUCACAACCCUAGUCACUACCAUCUGAGGAUCUUUGCAUACUGUACCUGUUGUAGGUAUUCCAUAGUGCAGACUUCUAAACCUUAAUUAUCAAAGUGCUAGGAGAGAUUACACAUGAAAAUGCCAGAUCAUUUGUCAAGGUUGUUACAUCCAGCUAUAAUAAAUGCUGGUAAUCCAAAACACAACAGUAUGGGGACACAGGAGCUGACUCAGCAGUACGGCAAAAGGCAUUCUAAAUACGAUGCAGGAGCCCUAACGCUCGGUGUUGGGGAAAAAAAAACGGCCGUUGCGUUUUAUUUCCGCCAAUGGUACUUAACAGUGGUGCGAUUAUAAUAAAACAUACCACGUAAUUUCAAGGCCCCUUGGUGUGUGGUCUAGGCUGAACAUUAGUGAGGUUUAGUGGAAGCCUAUUGGUCCCAGCAAAGAAAGAGUGCAUAGCCCCCACACACAACCUACAGCCUAUAAAAACAGAUUUCCAUCACCCUGUUUUCUGUACUAAUUAAACAAACAACACAAGACAUAAAUCAGUUAGUUUAACCUGUGCUGAUAGGCAGAAUUAGUUCCUAUUUGAACAAAGGCACAGAUGCUUAUGCCCGCAGCUGCCAAUUAUAUGGUGCUGGUUGUAUUUCCAUGCUUAUUCAAAAUGCAAUGGAGUAUUAUUUGUCAUAAAAUCCAACUGUGACAGAAUAUAAAUACGAUUAUUGCCUAAAUGUUGAUCUAUAUCCCGGCAUGGGCAAACUACAGCCCGCAGCUGGCUUUUUAAUCCGGCCUGGCCGAUUUACAGUCGUCCCUCGCAAAAUGUUUGGUGGUAGACUAUGGUCUAUUAGUCAAAACAUAUUGAAAUACAAGUGAUAUGUAGUAUUCUGGUCACUAGACAGCAGUAAUGACACAAUACAUUGAGACAUUACCUUACAUUACCUUGCGACUGCAUGAAGUCAGCCAUGGCAUGUUCGACAUGACAGAGUGAAAAAAGGUUCUCCUCCCAUUCCGUGUGGAAGCGGUAGGUUUUUAGCUUCUUAAAUUCAGAAGAAAUAAAUCUGAGGUUGACUGGUUAGCUCGCUAGCUUGCUACCUUGCAGCCGUCUGGAGUCCCUGCAGCAUAAGAGUUGCAAUGUGGUGUAAACAAUGAAUAACAGGAGUAUAAAGGUCGCUAUGGGGGUGUUAUUUCAUGUCUACAGGGCUCUAAUGAUGUUUAAACCCGAUGUUUAAAGUCAUAAACAGAUUUUCUGCUCUCUAACUACAAAAAUAUUCAAUUUAUUAACAUUGAAUGCUGUAUCGCAGAAAUUUAUUUCACGCUGCCGAACCAAUUACCCGCGAUAAACGAGGGAUGACUGUAUUUUAUUACAAUUCAUUGCAAAGCUAUUUUUAAACUAGCAUACAUCCUGAAUCAUUGAACAGUAAUCACUUUUCAGUGGAAUAUACAGUACAUGUCGCUACGGUAAUCCGAGGGACUGCAUCCCAGCAACUCUGAGAAGACCAGGCUUUGAUACAAAGCAGAGUGGGGGUUUGUUUGCCAAGCAGUGCGAGCCUGUGAGAUAACAGGACGGAGAAGAUUUGUGUCACAAGUUCUGCAGAAAAGGGAUAUUUUGGUGUUUCUUAGCAUUGGCUAUUGUGUUUCGCGAUGAAGUCGAUAUACAGCUGAAUCAACGCGACAGCAAAUUUUCUGAAUCCAAGGAAGUAUUAAAAAAAAAUGUUUUUUGAGGAAUAUUUGGUAGAACGCCAAAUAACUCAACUGAACCAAAAUCAAAUGUACAGUGUUCCCUCGUUCAUCACGGGGGGUAGGUUCCCAAAAUAGGCCGCAAUAAGCCCGCAAGAAGUGAAAUCUGGGAAGUAGCCAACUUCAUUUUUUACAAUUAUUAUGUGUUUUAAGGCUAAAAAGCCCUUCACCCCUCACUCAUACACUUUUCUCAGACAUGCAAUAACAUUUUCUGACAUUUCUCUCUCAAAAAAGUUCAAACCUUCAUUUGAAUUUUAAUGAUCACCUGCAAUGAUCAACACAAGCAAUUAUUAAGUCACUCACGCAUAUUUCACUCUUGUGACCGUGCCUUUUCAUCCUGGUGCCGUACCGCUGUAUUAUAGUGUUUUUGUAUUUUUAUUAAAACAUAUUGCUGCAGAUGAACCGAAGAUUCAUUGACGAACUAGCAAGCAAGCAAGCUCGCGAUGACACAGGAGACAUGGCAGGACGACACGAAGGAGACUGAUUGGCAAUGCUCUACAGCCGAUCAGGACGCAGAAAACAAUCGGCGGUGCAGACAGGCGAGAGAGGGACGAGAUAGACACUCAACUUCCCACAAUGCAAUUCAUCUUAAAGGGCCAGGCUCGGCCUGUAACAGCCGUCAUACGCUGUCAUAAAAAGAAAUAAGAAACACAAAAAAAAUUCUGCAAAACAGCAAAUCCGCACAAGGUGAACCCCGAUAGAGCGAGGGAACACUUUACUUAAAAUGUGAUACAAAUUCAAGCUGUGUUUUGGUUUCACUCUAAAUGCAGUAAAAAUCUAACUUUGUCUACGUUUCUCAAGUCCUAAUUUGAGCUCAUCUUCACAGCUACAUUUCAGUUGAUGGGAUUCUCAAUGGUGAGGCCAACUUUUCAAUUCGGUCAUCAAUUAUUUCUUGGAGCUUUGCCUCUGGCGGCCUGACAAGAAUGUGAAUCGAAAUCUGUUCAAUAGCAUCGAGAGUUUACAGAUGAGGCCAGAUGUAGGUGAAUAAUCGAAUGGCGAGUCGAGGGUGUGCCACGAGAAUGAAGAAAAAGCUGAACAUUUUGCAGCAGCUGGAAAGAAAUCUGGAAAAUUCAAUUCAAUUCUCAUAUUUCUGGAUUCAUUGAGUACAGUGCAGUACUUACUGAAGCAAUUCUAUUAAAUCAGAAAACAAAUCCAAGCUUCUUAGCACAAUUGAUGUAUCAUAUGGUUCCUCCUCCUUUUCCAGCCACUAAGCCAUAAAAAUAUGCAUCUUCACAGGUGUGUGUGUUUAUCUGUUUAUCAUUUCCAUGCACACAGCUGUAUGUGAGGUCAUACUCUCUGAAAGCAGGCCAUCCCUGCUGAGGCUUUAUUAAUAUGCGCACCUUUAGCCUUUUAAUCGUGAUGACCAUUAAAGGGAAAAUUCCCCUUUUCAGCAAAUCAUAAAACUGGGGCAUGCGGCAUUAAUUAUUAAGGCAUAUUAAAUCUUUGUAGAUCCUUUAGGACUGUGCACACUCAAGUCUUUAUUUUACCCCUUUUGCAGGUCAAUAAGCCAUAUUUUUACCUGGUGGGACUUAUUUGUGUUCGUGACUCCUGCUGGUUUUUGGAGUGGACGAUUACUUGACAGCAGAAACAUUAAAAACUACUGCAUGCAAAUAAGGAGGGGUCUGAGCAAAUCAGCUGUUGUUAAGUUGAUUAUCAUGUCUGCACAUUUAUUGGCAUAAUUGUAGUUAUUGUUGUUUGCCUCCCGUCUAUAGUAUUUCUGUUUACAUUUUGUUACAUUUGUUUAAAAUUUUAACACCAGUUAAAUAAUUGCCAGAAUGUACGUUUUGCACUGUUGGGUAUUAAGGAGGUUCUAAGUAGAGCUUCAAAAUACAAAAAGAAGAAAUGGGAGUAAGACAAAAGGUUGAGGUUGGACGCAGUAAGACAAUCAUUUGAAACUUCUUCAAAGAUCCUGAGGAUUAUGGAAGAAAAAAAGUCAAGUUGUACACACAAAAAAAUGUCACCGACCCUGAGCCGGAGGAUCCGAUUGGCUGUCCGUCAAGACACGGGACCAUCUUCGGCCCAAAUGAAGGUUGUCACUGGUACCAAGUGUAGUCCAAUAACCAUCAAGAAUAUGCAAGAGAAGGGUUUUAAAAACAAAAAACAUUUUCAAAGGCCUCGUCUCCUUCAACGCCACAAAAUUGCCUGGAAUUUGCAUGAAAGCACCAAACAUGCGACAUUGAAAGGUGGAAGAAAGUUUUACUCUCUGAUGAGAAAAAAUGUAACCUUGAUGGUCCUGAUGGCUCCCAACGUUACUGGCAUGACAAGGAGAUCCCACCUGAGAUGUUUUCCACACGGCACAGUGGAGGGGGCGCCAUCAUGAUCUGGGCUGCUUUUUCCUUAAUUGGAACAGUGGAGCUUCAGUGUUGUGCAGGGGUGUCAAACGGCAGCUGGCUAUGUGAAGAUGUUGCAGGGGGCAUCCCUCAUGACUGAAGGCCCUCAUCUUUGUAGAGCUGUAAAUCGAUUGUAAUAUUUAAUCAUGAUUAAUCGCAUUUUGUCCAUUGCGCUUAAUCGCAGCUAGAAAUAAGUUUAUAUCUAUAAUAAGUAGGAAUGUAAAUAUUUUCAUGGCAAACGCUUUGAUACGCAGCUACGAUAACUACAUGGGAUAACUACAAAUGUAUUCCAUUUAUUAACAUUGACUCCUAUAUCACGGAAAUUCAUUUUACACGGCUGAGUAUGGAACCAAUUAACCGGUAUAAAGGAGGGACGACUGUGUUACACUCUUAUUCUGAGGGGGAUUUUUUUUAAUGCUUUUUUUAAUGCACAUUAAUACUCAAGGUGGCGACAACGCUGUGUAGUGCUGUUUGAAAAUUGUCAUAGAAAAAGACCAACAAAACUUGUUAGCAUGUGCUAAUUGAGCGUGGCGAAACGCAGGUACGGCACAGCCGAUAUAAACAUGGAUUUUCCCACAUUAAGGACAAAUGAGAACAGACACCUCAAUACGCUGUGUGCGGGGAGGUAUUGACAGAGGACACCAUGAAGCCGUCAAGGCAUGAAGCCGUCAUGUGGCCGAACGCUGAAAAACAAAUUCGCGGAGGUAAGCCUCUUUCAGUUCUGGUGCAUUUGUUUAAAAUGAAUCCCCAUUAGAGCACAUGACCAAAUAACAGAGCUGUAGUCUAGUUGAGAUAACACUAAUCUGUCAUAAAAUAGCCACAUUUUCCAAUGACAGAAAGCCCGACCCAUUUUGGUCACUAUCAUGUUAAUAUGACUCAACCAAUUCAAUUCAUUUAUUUUUAACCCUAAAAGCUCCACCUGAUGCACUUGCUCCAAAGAUGUGCCAGAAAUGUCACCAUUAUUGAGACUUAUCGGUUAAGUAGCUCUCCAUCCGUCUACGCUAACUCAGGGGUGUCCAAAGUGCGGCCUCGGGGCCAUUUUCGGCCGGGGGCUGUGUCUUUAUUGGCCUGCACCACAGUCCAAAAAUAUUAUUUAACAACAAAACUAAAAAAAAAAACAACAACAACAACAACAGCAAUCAGCAGUAAUUUAUAAGAAUAAAGUAAAAAAUAUUAAAUAUUAAAACAAAAAAGUUAAAAUAGAAUUAAAAAAUAACAUCAAUUUAUUAGCAAAAAGUACAAAAAUAUUAAAAAAUAUAUCAAAUAAUAUAUUUAAUUAAUAUUAUUUAUAUUUAAUUAUUUAAUUAAUAUAAUAAAUAAUAUAUUAAAUAAUAUAUAUUAGAAUAUAUUAAAGAAAGGCAUCAUAUUGUGAGAAACAAAAAAAAACAACAAAUAAGUACUUAAGUAUGUUAGUUUGUGGAAAAUGGUAUAAUGUUACAAGAAUAAAGUCAAAAUAUGGGAAUAAAGUCAUAAUUAUGAGAAGAAAAUGUACAAAAAAAAUUUAAAUAGUUGGAAAAUGUAAAAAAAAAACAAACAAACAUAAAAAAACAUCUCAAUUUGACAAGAAUAAACUUGUAAUAUUAUGAGAAAAAUAAUGCCAUUUUAGUAGCAAAGAGUUAAAAUAUUCUUCAUUUUUGUAUUAUUUUAAAUGUCAUAACAUAAGAAAGAAACACAACAAAAAGUAAUUUUUGAACAAUUAAUUUGGGAAAAAGUUGUAAUGCCAUUGGAAUAAAGUCAUAAUACUGCAGAGGAAAGAAAAAAAAAAGCAAAACUAGAAAAAAAACAGCAAAGAGUGAAGUUGACACUAAUAAUAGGCUUUUUCACCAAUACCACAAAUCUGGGGUGCAGUUUUUUCUUGAAACUUCUUAGCAUACCUACAAGCAAAAUAUCAAAAUGGCAAAGUUGCAUCCUGUCAUUUUUUCACCAUGUUGUCCUCGCUGGACGAGCGUUUGGACACCCCUGAUCUAAUUGCACAAUCCCUAAAGUCCCCGAAAUCCAAGGUUAACAUGGGAGAAAUAUCUUAAAAUUGGAGAAAACACAACUUUUUCCGUUAUUUUGCUAAGAACAGGCAGAAUACUGUGAUGAGCGAGUAUUCCUUACCUGCUGCUCGGCCAGGGGGUGAGGGUUUUUACUCCGACCAUUCAACACUACCUAUCUCCGUGAGGGCGGCUGAGUUGAAAAGCAAAUACAGAAAUAGACUGUAUAUUGAGCAUGACCUCAGAGUUGCUUUGUCUACUAUAACUCCAGACUUUGAGACGCUUGUCAGGAGCAAAAAAAACACCCCCAGGCCUCCCGUUAAUUCCUCCACAGGCAGGUGUGUGUCAGUGUUACACGUGAGGUUAAAGUGGGUGCUGCUUCAUUUUCUUCAAUGUUUACCUCCUGAUGAGGGGAGAAGAAGAAUAUUUUACUUUGUAUACUUGACUCUAUUUCAAUUGCACUUUAAAUCUUUUUGAAUUUCGCUUUCUGUCGAGUCCGAGCAUCUGGACUCUUUUUGUUUGUUUGAAGGUGUUUCACCUCCCGUCCACGUCCAAGUCUAGUUUCUCUGAGUCAACUCUUCAGAUGAUUUGGUUUGUGAUAUUUUGCAAAAACGCAAAUUCAAACUGGACUGUCUUUUCAUGAAAUGUAAGAUAUUUGAGUUGACGGUGGGUCCCGCAGCCAAACCAGUUGAGAACAAAUACAGUAUAUCCUCGUGCUCACAUUUUCCACGGCGUGCUUCCAUUUAUUGACUUCAAACCAGCAUUUACAAACCCAGCUUGGUGUAAUCUUUCAACUUGAGCUGCAGGUCACUGCUGGAUAGAAUACAUUGUGGCCAACUGUUUAUUAUAGGGGCGUCAGAGUGCCGCUCGAUGAGUACGCGGGUCUCCUCUCCUGCAUUCAUUGUGCUACCUUCUGGCAAUAGGCUGCUGUUUCCCAAUGAGCAGGGUAGAGCAAAGACCACAUGCAUUAAAUGGCGUUUGCACUAAUGAUAGCCCCGAUGGAGGCGUGCAAGUAAUUGAAGGCGAGGACUAUCAUAGCAAUCCCUUGUUAACAUUACAUUACAUUUUAGUUGGUGUGGUUUGUGGUCAAAAAACAAUAACACAGUUGAGCAAAGUGAAACUCUUUAUUGACAUUAGUAUAUCUGUGUGGACAGCUAAAAGAAAUAAUUAUAUAUACGGUGAUCCCUCGUUUAUUGCGGUUAUUUGGUGCCAAACCGUGAUAGAUGAAUUUCUGCAAAGUAGGAUUCAAUAUUGAUAAAUUGAAUAUUUUCUUAGUAACAUCAUAGAAAACCUAUUUACGUCCUUCUAAAUAUGGGCUUAGACAUGAAAUAACACCCCUAUUACCUAAUAUACUUGACAUAAUAAGGGGUAAUAAGACAUUUAAGACAUAAAUAAGACUGGUGACUGUGUGUGUUGCUAUAAGUAGGGGCCUGAAAGAGUGGUUCAGAGUUGAGUUUCAGGUUUGCAUGGGUAAUGGCUGCAAAAGUAGUACCCGUUUUUUAUUAGGACGUUUUAUUAGAGAUUAUUGUGCCUGUUUUGCAAUAAUUCAAACAAAUAAAAGCCUGUUGUCGUGGCGAUAAAGUCUGUUCUUUGUGUGUCUCACCGAAUAUUACAGUAACAUUACUGACACCUAGUGACCAGUCUAGAAUACUACAUGCCAUCAACGUCUUUGAAUGCGUCUUUUUAAUGCCUCAUGUUUUAGUUCAUUUAGCCAUUUUUAUCCUUGAAAAUGCUUAAGUUAGGCAAAAAAUAUGUAGCAUUCGCUGCAACAUGCAUAUUUCUUGACUAAUAACAUACAGCGUGAAGCUGCGGAAUUGGAACCGCGACGUGGCAAAGAAAGACCGUACUGUGAAAAAUUCAUAGGCCACUGGUAGUUUUGUUGCUUUAAUAACCUUUUGUCAUUUUACCAUCAUAAACAGUCAGUAGGACAGAUGCCGUUUAUGCAAAAAUACUCAACUUUGUAUUGGGUGGCGCCAGGGAAAGUAAAGUAUUGAACUUUGUUGAAGAUCGAGGUGAAGGUACAGGCAACAUUUAUUUUUACUAUUUCAGUCCCUAAAGGCAUCGUUGGAACAGCCCACGCCCCCACAAUCAACAAAUUAAUAUUAUGUGCAGUGUUGGGUGGGGGAUGGGUAUCUUGCUUCAUCUCGUUAUUCAGCCAUUAGCACUAGCAGAAUGACUUUGUUCUGCUGCAACAUCCAUCCAUCCAUUGUCUGUGGCGCUUGACCUCACUAGGGUCCCCGGGGUAUGCUGGAGCCUAUCCCAGCUGUAUUGGAGCGAGAGACUCAGACUCUGAAUGUUUGUCACACUUAAAUGUUUCAGAUCUUCAAAUAAAUUUAAAUAGUAGCCAAUGACAACUUUUUAUUAUUAACAGAGAAAAAAAAUCCAUACCGACAUGGCCCUGUGUGAAAAAGGGAUUAUCCCCCCGUUAAAAAAUAAAUGAGUAAUUGAAAUUUAUCAGUAUGGAAAAGGUCAUAAAGCCCUUUCUAAAGCUUUGGGACUCCAGCGAACCACAGUGAGAGUCAUUAUCCACAAAUGGCAAAAACAUGGAACAGCAGGGAACCUUCCCAGGAGUGGCCGGCCAACCAAAAUCACCCAAGAAUGCAGCGAUGACUCAUCCAAGAGGUCACAAAAGGCCCCACAACAACAUCCAAAGAACUGCAGGCUUCACUUGCGUCAGUGAGAAUACUACACGAAAACUACUGCUGAAAAAAAAGAACUUUGUCUGAAUUUUGCCAGAAAACAUCUUCAUGAUCUCCAAGACCUUUGGGAAAAUACUCUGUGGUCUUGAACUUGAACUUUUGAAAGAUGUGUCAGCUGGCGUAAAAGUAACGCAGCAUUUCAGAAAAACAACAUCAUACCAACAGUAAAAUAUGGUGGUGGUAGUGUGAUGGUCUGGGGCUGUUUUGCUGCUUCAGGACCUGGAAGACUUGCUGUGAUAAAUGGAACCAUGAAUUCUGCUGUCUACCGAAAAAUCCUGAAGGAGAAAGUCCGGCCAUCUGUUGGUGACCUCAAGCUGAAACCAACUUGGGUUGUGCAGCAGGACAAUGAUCCAAAACACACCAGCAAGUCCACCUCUGAAUGGCUGAAGAAAAACAAAAUGAAGACUUUGGAGUGGCCUAGUCAAAGCCCUGACCUGAAUCCUAUUGAGAUGCUGUGGCAUGACCUUAAAAAGGCGCUUAAUGCUGGAAAACCCUCCAAUGUGGCUGAAUGACAACAAUUCUGCAAAGAUGAGUGGGCCAAAAUUCCUCCACAGCGCUGUAAGAGACUCAUUGCAAGUUAUCACAAACGCUUGAUUGCAGUUGUUGCUGCUAAGGGUGGCCCAACCACUUAUUAGGUUUAGGGGGAAAUCACUUUUUCACACAGGACCAUGUAGACUUGGAUUUUUUUUUCUCCCUUAUUAAUAAAGGUUAAUUUAAAAACUGCAUUUUGUGUUGUGUUGACUUGUCAUUGACUAAGAUUUAAAUUAGUUUGCUGAUCUGAAACAUGUAAGUGUAACCAACAUUCAAAAAACAGAAAUCAGGAAGGGGUAAACACUGUACAUGCUCGACUGCUUUUGUCAACAUAAUUUAUGGUAAUGUCAAAAAAACAACAAAAAAAGCAAUUAAAAACAAAGGAGAAUGGUCAAAUGUCUAUGGCUCUUUUCGACAGCCACCAAUCUGAGGGACAUUGACUUAAAUGGGCUCCACUGUAAAAUAAACUGAAAAAGAAUACAACUUCUGUAUAAAUACAAUAUCUAUAUAUGCGUACAUUCCCCGGGUAACGUCAAAUAUGGCACGCGCCUUGUCGUGUUGUUAAUACACUGCGUGAGUGCAACUGUGCUACUAACUAAUGUAUUUUUAUCACAUUUUUAUCACGUGUCAGCAGCCUGUUAGCUUGCGACUACAUGGAAUCAGGACUCGAAAGUCAGCUCCGUGGCCCGUCUACGACGCCAUCAUGGGUUGACUUAGUAGUUCUUUGCUAACUAACGCAGUUACACCACAAGUCUGCAAAAUUGACACAAACACAUUUUUAUAUUUUGACAAUUAUAAUUUUGCAUGCAUAAAACCAUUUGAAGUGACUAUACAUUACGACUGAAAGGGAUAAAUGAACAAAGACAGAACAAAGACAGAACCUGGCAGCAAGAUCAACCACCGCCACUUCCUGUUAUGACAUGAGUUGUUUCCUGAAUUCAGUAGUUUUUCACCUAAAGUCUCUGCUUUUGUUUUGAUCGUGGCUGCAAAAUAACCCAAAAUGGAGCCAAAGAAAGUGUGCGAGUGCCAGCAUUUUGAUAAAGAAGGCGAGCAACACUACUGAAUUCAAGAAAUAACUCAUGUCAAAAUACGGAAGGUGGUGUCCGUGGUGUUCUUGCUGUUUGCCAACAACACGUUUUCAAUGAAGGUAAAAGUAACCUUAAAUGUUCAUGUAUCCCUUUAAUUUGUCAUUUAUAUGUAUUUAUAUGCAUUUUUAAUUAUUUUCUGCAGGUAAAACUAGAAAAAGUGUGGUGUAGGUUAAAAUUUUUGGCUUUCUGGAAUGGAUUAAUUGGAUUUACAUGAUUUUUUGACAGGAAAAUUUGUUUCAGUUAGAGGUGGACCUUCUGGAAUGGAUUAAUGACGCUAACCAAGGUUCCACUGUAUGUACAGUAUAUACAGUCAUCCCUUGCCACAUUGCGGUUCAAAUUUUGCAGCGUCAUAUAUAAACAUAAACAAAUUAAUAAAUCAUGCUGUUUUGUGGUUGAAUAUGGUAUAUUAUUAGUCAAAACAUAUGCAUAUUUAAGCAAAUUUGCACAUAUUUUUCUUAAAUUAAGCAUUUCAAGCAUUGGAAUAUAUGAAUACACAAAUAUAAGGCAUUCAUAGGACGAUUAAACCUGUGAAUGUACAUUGGCCACUAGAUGUCAGUAAUUGUUCAUUGAGACAAGCACCAGACUUGAUUUCCGGAACUACAGGCUUUUAUUGCAGGUUAUGAUCAUCAUCAUCAUCAUAAUAACACAAGCUACUGUUGCGGUCAUAACCCAAGCUAAAACGCAACUCUGAACCUCCAACAUGACUUCCUGUCCGCCAUCCAUUCUGCUCCCCAACUAGCACCGGAACACAUUUAGUGCAACACACACAAGUACGAGUCUUAUUUAUGUCUUAAGACUUAUUUUCCCUGAUUAUAUCUACUAUAUUGGGUAAUGUGAAUGCAAAGGUGACUAUAGGGGUGUUAUUUCAUGUCUAGAGGGCUCUAAUAAUGUUAAAAAGCGUAUUUAGAAAAUAGUAAACAGGUUUUCUAUGCCAUAACUAUGUAUGAAAUUAUUCCAUUUAUAAAUCAUCAUCAUAAUAAUAACACAAGAAAAACUGUUGCGGCCAUCACCCACGACUAGCUAAAAAACUCAACCCUGAAUCCCCGACAUCACUUCCUGUCCACCAACCAUUCUGCUCCUCUACUAAGCACCGGAACACAUUUAGUGCGACACACACAAGCACGUCUUAUUUAUGUCUUAAAUGACUUAUUUCUCUGAUUACAUCUACUAUAUUGGGUAAUAUUAAUCUAAAGGUGACUAUAGGGUUGUUAUUUCAUAUUUAGAGGGCUCUAAUAAUGUUAAAAAGUGUAUUUAGAAGGUCAGAAACAGUUUUUUUAUGCAAUAACUAUGUAUGAAAUGAUUCCAUUUAUAAAUAAGGGCUCAUAUUUUGUGAAAAAUCACAUAUCACGGUCGGGGGUUGGAAUCAAUUAACCUACACGCACAUAUAGGACAAAAUAGUAAUAACCCACUCAAUACAUAAUCACAAUUUCACCAAUUUUGUUAUAUUAAGACAAAAAACGGUCAAAUAAGGAAUAUUUAUAAUUAAUCAUCCUUUUGCUUUUAGCACAAGUAGUGUUUCAUGUGUUAAAAAUGACAAUAUAUGUACGGUAAUGGAUUUUUAGUAGGAAGUAAAUGGAGGAACUUUGCCUGUCGUCCAGCCCGAUGAAACACUCAAGGAAGGGUUAACGCUCUGUAAUUACAUAUUUUUAUAUCUGUGUGUUUGAGACACUUCCUCCCCCUCCAAACCCUCCGGACUCCAUCAUUCUUGCUCCAAUCUCUCCCUCUCCUUCCCAAAAGGACCUCCCAAGCCUCCUUUGCCCCGCCUCCCCCUUCCACCUCCUCCGUUCAUCCUCUCCUCCGUGCAUGCCUCGGCUCCUCCAGCAAAGUAAACAGAGAAGAGCAGAACAGAAGCAUCACUUUGCCCGCACUUCACACCACUUACCGCCCCUGCCCUCCCCCAGAAAAAUCUUUUUUACUUCGGCAUCCCCUCGUCUGCGUCCGCUCGAGUGUCUUUGACUGCGCAUCGCUGCCGCCGCCGCCGCUGCUGCUGGGAGGAAACAAGAAGGGAGGGGACGAGAAGUAGAGAGAGAGGUUGAGAGGUGAGAGGAUAGACAAAGUGUCUGCAAGGCGAGGUGUCAACAGUCUCUAUGAGUAAGGGGUCCCGUCUUCACAUGCUGUGCUGUAUGGCAAACUCUGGCUGUGUUCUGCUGUCCGGGACCGGGAUGUUACCCCAUUCUCUGCAAUGCCCCCCUGCCUUCCUCUAUCUGCCCCAGGGUAACCAAGAGGCCCCAGCUCCCCCUGAAGCAAUGGCUCAACCCUUUCCACCGGCCCAGUACCCUCAUCCACCCCAGAAUGGGAUACCUGCUGAAUACGCCACAGCCCACACUCACACACCAGCUGAUUUCACAGGACCAAACACGGUGGCGGAACACGCCCUGACUCUGUACACGCCGACACACACGCAGAGCGAACAGCCUGGGAAUGACAGCAAUGCCCCCACCCUCACAGCCAACACGGUAACGCAGGCGGACGAGAUUGCACAGACGGAGGGUUCCCAGCAUCUUCAUCUGCAGCCAAGUGACUCCUUAGAGAAACAGCAACCCAAAAGAUUACACGUCUCCAACAUACCGUUCCGUUUCCGGGACCCUGACCUUCGGCAAAUGUUUGGGCAAUUUGGCAAGAUUUUAGAUGUGGAAAUUAUUUUUAACGAGCGCGGCUCCAAGGGCUUUGGGUUUGUAACAUUUGAAACAACUGCGGAUGCCGACCGUGCACGGGAGAAACUAAAUGGUACAAUCGUAGAAGGACGCAAAAUAGAGGUUAACAAUGCCACAGCAAGAGUAAUGACCAACAAAAAGGUGGCCAACCCUUACGCAAACGGCUGGAAGCUCAAUCCAGUGGUUGGAGCAGUUUAUAGUCCCGAAUUUUAUGCAGUCACAGGGUUUCCAUACCCCACCACAGGGGCAGCCGUGGCCUAUAGAGGGGCCCAUUUGAGAGGGAGGGGUCGGGCUGUCUAUAACACAUUCCGUGCUGCACCACCUCCCCCUCCCAUCCCUGCCUAUGGCGCUGUGGUCUACCAGGAUGGCUUUUAUGGGGCGGAAAUAUAUGGCGGAUAUGCAGCUUACAGAUAUGCCCAGCCAGCUGCUACCGCUGCAGCUGCAUACAGCGACAGCUAUGGCCGAGUCUAUGCAACAGCAGACCCAUAUCACCACACAAUCGGUCCUGCCGCCACAUACAGCGUUGGCACCAUGGCUAGCCUUUACAGAGGAGGGUGCAGUCGCUUCACUCCCUACUAGAAAGGAGGGAGCCACGCCCCCUUUCCUUCCCCAGCAAAACAAACACAAAUCUAAAAGUCACAGAAAAUGAAAUACCAAAAAAAAACCAAACAUCAUCUUCUCCGAGGGACAUAAACAUACAAUGUGGAAGCACUGGUGGCAAAUAGAACCACUCUUCCAUUGUAUUGAUGUGAUGUACUGUAUGUAGCUCGUUGCUUUGUGAAGGUCAGUAAGAACGUGUGAUUCUCUCCAAGUUGUUGUCUGGAGCUCCUUUGGAUGUUUUAAUGCUUUUAAUUCCGCUUAAUUCCCCAAAUGUUUCAGUGAGUCCAUUCCCCCCCGUAUGCAACACGAGUGACAGUGUUUCAGUGCGAGCAACAAACUUCCAGACGGGAUUUACAUGAAUUACAUCAACGACACGACCAUUUGGCCGAGCUCACCGUCUGACUUGCUAUAAGAGGACUUCCAAUUAUUCAGCCCAAAGAAGGUGAAACGGCGACAAAAUACUUAGCGUUAAGUGAUGCAUAAGAGAAUGCGAGGCGAGGCGCGAGGAAUAGAGUGAUCUAUUACCGAAUCUGAAUGCAGCAGGAAGUGAUGUGUAGAGAAAGCCGCUGGGAAAUGGGUAGCGAGCCAAUUGAUUGUUGGCGCCGUGCCAGAGUCAGGAGAUAUCGCAUUACUGCUGAACCGCUUUAAAGGGAAAAAACACAUUAUCGUCCGCCCCCAACCCCCGCCACCAGGGCGGGACUAUGGAUUCAUAGAUGUCUGCACAGGUUGCAGUUUUGCUUCAAUCACACGCAAUUUGUGUGAUUUGUAAAAGUACAUACAAGCUCAGCACGGGCCAGCGAUGGCAUGUCUUCCCUCAAUGCCCUCUUUCUCUCAUUUGAUGUCAUUGAAAACACCGUUGAAUUUAAUUUGAACAGCAGGUGGCAGUAGUGAAUACUGGUUACUGUCAGAAACUUCACUUCGGGACCGAUUUCUCACACGCUACACAUUAGGUGAGGGACGGGAAGUGGGCCUCGCGUCAUGUGUCUGCUCAGUAGACAGAGCCUUUAAUCAGUUGCCAUACAGCAGGGGUGUCCAAAGCGCGGCCCGGGGGCCAUUUGCAAAAAAUCAUCAGUAAUUAAGCAGAAUAAGGUCAACACGUGAAGAGAAACACACUGUGAUCUAACGAGAAAAGGUGGUCGUUUUAUGAGAAUAAUGUUAUGAGGAAAAAUAACCUCAAUUUAGUAGCAUAAAGCCGAAAUAUUAAAGAAAUCCGACAUUAAGUCGUAAUAAUAACGUUACAGUACUACCAGAAUAAAGCCAAAAUAUUAUGCCAAUAAAGUCAUAAUUAUGAGAAGAAAACUGAAAUAGUUAUGAGAAUAAACUUGUAAUAUUAUGAAGAAAAAUCUAGUCAUUUUAGCAGCAUAGAUAUAAUAAUAUUCAAGAAAAAAUGUGUUAUUUUUCUUUGAAAGUAUAAAUGAUGUAUGUAUAUUAAGUAUAUAUUAUGAGGAAACUAAAUAAAGGUGUCAUUUUGGGGAAAAGUAGCUUGCACAAAAAGUUAUAAUAUUAUGGGAAUAAAGUCAAAAUCUUACGAGACCGAAAUGUAUGAAGAUUAUUUAAGAAGAAAGUUGAAAUAUUUGGACAAUUAUUUUUAAAAAAAACAGCAAAAAUGGGGAAAAAAGAGCCAGGAAUGUCAAACUAGUAACAGGCUUGUUCACUUGUAUCACAAAGCUGCCAGGCAGUUUUUUCUCGAAAUAUAAAUAACUUCUUAGCACAUCUACGCGUGUUUCACCAUGGGACCCUCGCUGCUUUGUACGCCCCUGCUCUAGAGUAUACGCUAUCUUUCUUUCUGAUCUAUACACACAAAUAUCUAUAUAUUGGUUACCAUAUAUGUACACACAAAUAUGUACAGCAUAUAUGUGUAAUAUGUCUCAUAUUCACAUACUGUACAUACACUGUAUACAUACGGUGUGUACAUCUGUGUGUGGGUGUGUGUGUGAAAAUUAGCCGUCCCAGAGGCCAGAGGGGCCCCGUAGAAGAUGCCCCGUAGAUGUCUUCAUUAAGACUGAUGACAAAGUGAAUUCAUUAUUCAUUGGAGAUUACUCAUUCGGAUAACACCGAAAGCAUUUAUUAUUGAAGCUGUUAUUUUUAGUCCAUAUAGUUCAUAAUAACUUAAUAAUACACACUUUUACACGUGCAUGCUCGCUAUGUUGUGUGCAUUGUAGCAAGCGGGACAAAAAAACAAUAAAUCAACGUAAUCCUAAUUGUUGAAAGCCGUCCCUCGCCACAUCGCGCUUCAAAUUUCGCAGCUUCACACCGUCACGUUUUUUCAAAAGUAUAUUAAUUAAUAAAUCAUCACCCUAUUAUGAGUCAAAACAUAUGCGUGUAUAAGCAGAUUUUACAUAGUUUUGGCCUAAAUGGAGCAUUUUCAAGCGUAAAAAUGACUAAAUGUGCUAAAAAAGAUUUUGAAAAUACACUGAAAGACAGGUUGAUAUGUGUAGUAAUCCCUCGUUUAUCGCGGUUAACUGGUUCCAGACCUAACCGCGAAAAGUGAAUGAGGCCUCGGUCACAACCUACCGUGCGUGUUUUUAGUCCGUACGUUUUUUGCGGAGGCCACGGCCGCCACGUUUUUCUGAAAACAUGGGGAGGGAGUGGCAAGAUAUGUCACUCGCUCGGUUGCGCAAGGUGUAAGUAUGUGGUCCGACCGCCACGCCUGGACAUGAGCGGUUGCAUGCAUCGUACGUAGCGCACAUGGUGAGUUGUACACGCUUACAGCGUGCUUGCGAUGUACGAUCUCCGUGCGAUUGCCACGUCAUCGUACUUACAUGUGCUGCUCACGUACGGUGCCCUUACUAACUCUCACGUUGAACGUGCGUGCAAGUGCGAUGAACGCCAGUUCUUCUGCCCGAUGUCGAGGGGGAACGACCUUCCGAGGUCCUCCAGGAGUCCCUGUUGCUGCUGCCUGAAGAUCCCGCCCAUUCCACCGCAGAGAUUCCGGGUUCUGAUGCGGCAACUUGCAAAAUUUGUGUUCAGCGCUCAAGUCAGUGCGUUGUGCCCCCAUUGGCACGUCACACGUAUGUGUAGCCUCGCCGCAGCCCGCACGCAGCGGAAGUUCCUCGUCCACUUAAAGUGCUACGUCGUGUCUGCGUGCACCAAAAUCGGCAUUGAGGCUGUACUCACCGCGUACGGAUCCCCACCGCGUAUUGUCGUAGUUGUGGCAUAGAAAACCUGUUUAUGAUCUUCUAAAUAUACAUUUUUUAACAUUAUUAGAGCCAUCUAGACAUGAAAUAACACCCCUAGAGUCCCCGUUAUAUUGGUAGUACCCAAGUAGUAGAAAUAAUCAGAGAAAAUAAGCCAUUUAAGUCAGUUUACCUUGUAGGGGAGCACAACGGGUGGAGGACAGGAAGUGACAUCGGGGUUCAGCGUUGAGUUUUAGCUUGGUGUGGGCUACGGCCGCAACAGUAACCCGUGUUAUUAUUAUUAUGAUGAUGAUUAGUAUUAUGUUGUUAUUAUUGUGCCUGUUGUGAGAUCAUUUAAACCUGCAAUAAAAGCCUGUUGUUAAGUCUGGUGCUUGUCUCACCAAACUAUUACUGACACCUGGUGACCAAUGUAGAACACUACAUUCACAAGUUGAAUGGUGGUCUUAAUGGCUUAUACUGUAUUUGUAUUUUUUAUGCUUAACUCAUUGACUGCCAGCCAUGUUCAGAGCAGAGAGCUCCACACUGCCACACUGAGUUUUUCGGCAUUUUUGCUGAACUUUCAAGACACACAGAAUAUUGAGUUUUGGAACUACCGCAACAUUGGAACUAUCUAAAGAAACUUUAGACUCGCUUCUUUCAUCAGAAAAAAAAGUUUGUUUCUAGCCUUUUUGGGUCUUUAGAUAUUGGCGGUAGAACAUAGACUAGCUUCAGCAAAAACACCUGAUUUGGACCAAAAACAGGGAAAAGCAGCUUUUUCUGCAGAGAAGCAAAUUCAAGCAGAGUAACGGUGGGGUCUGCUGGAUGUGGGGAUGAAUCCCUGCCGCUGACCGAUCCAGACGGCAGCCACUCGUCAGAAGAAUCAGGGUCGGGUUCUGAGUCACCCGACUCGGAACUGCUUCUGGUGUCAGGCUCCGCUCGAUUUCUGCAUGUGUUUCGCCCUUUUCCUCUCUCAACCCACAAUCCGUCUUCUUCAUAGACAAUCUGUCGCUGCCGGUUGGAGGAAAAGAGAACUGUUGCCCCCUACUGGGACAGAAAUACAUUGCCUAAAAGUCAGAAAAUCACACACAAGAUAAGACUUUAGCCCCCGCGAAAAAGAGCAGUCAAUGUUACAAUAGACGUCUUUGGCAUUGACAGAGUUAAUUUGGGCAAAAAAUGUGUACAAUUUGCUAAAAGAUGCAUCUUUUUUUCCUAAUAAAAGGCCGUAGUCAACCAUGAAACAGCGAUCAUUUAUUAAUUCAUUCAUUUUUUUUUUUAAAACGCAGUAAAAUGAGGGAACAAUCUUCGAACCGCAAUGUAGUGAGGAAUGACUGUAGUAUUCUACACUGGUCACUAGGUGUCAGUAAUGUUGCAUUAGCAAGAAGGGCUGGAAGUAAAAAAAAUAAUAAUAAUCUUAGUUUCUGUCAUUAUGUCUACUAUAUUGGGUAAGAGUGUAAAGGUGACUAUAGGGGUGUUAUUUCAUGUCGAGAGGGCUCUAAUAGUGUUUUGAACAGGUUUUCUAUGCGCUCACUACGAAAAUAUUCCGUUUAUAAAGAAGGAAUCCUACUUUGCGGAAAUUCACUUAUCAGAGUCGGGUCUGGAACCAACUAACUGCGAUUAAUGAGGGAUGAUUGUAUAGUUAUGUUGCAUUUUAUCGAUCAAAGUAGUGAAAAAGGCGAGAAUGCCAUUCAUUUAUUUGCUACAUACACCAAAGCAUCCCGCAUUGGUACAAAUAAUGAAUGACACUGGCCAAAAUAUUGGGAUCCGGAGAGUUUAUUGGGCUUGUACUCGCUUAGGAAACUCAUACAGACCAAAAGACACACAUAGGAUCUCUUUCACCAGUAAAUAGCAUCUGUGCUUGCUGCCUCUGAUGGGAUCGUAAAGACAGGAGUCAGUAGCGCAAGGAAGAGAAGGGAGUAUAAAGAGCGGCAGUAACCGAGGCAAUUUUCGCUGCAGAUUAGAGAUAAGAGAGUUCAGUCAAUAAGCACUGAUCUCAUUUGAAGAUAUACCAGACGGACUAGACUCACACAAACAGGCGCAAAUUCACUCUAACUCCUCUGUGACCGUCACCGAUGGCUGUCUUUUGGCUGUUCUCUCUUUACUUCUUCCCAAAAGUCCAGUAGGGAUUGAACAAAUCCACUACUCCCCGUCUUGACACCAGCACAAAUAAAGCGUCUCUUAACAUCAGCCUGUGUGGUCAAGCCUCAAACACCCAGAGGACGUGUGUUUAGGAUUUGGUGCUGAAGUAGCAGAUUGCAAGCAGAUGAACACACACACAUCGUCUGUCGGUGCUGCACCUGCGAGGGCGUCAUUGUUGCGGGAAGUGCAAAUUGUACCACUGUACGUUACAAACAAUAAAUCUGCUCAUCACUGUGCUAGCGCUGUCACGUCUAUUCAAACGGUCCGAAAAAUUCCACAUUUUUCAUAACACUAACUGUCUUUUGUCUUGAGAGUUCUUGCCACAGUCGUCCCUCGCUACAUCACGUUCGACCAACACUCCUUCACUCUGUCAUGUUUUUUUUUAAUUAUAUAAUUAAUAAAUGAUCGCCAUUUUGUGGUUGACUACAGCCUAUAUUAGCCAAAACCGUGCAUAUUUAAGCAAACUGUAUGUAUUUUUUGCCCCAAUUAAAUAUUUUCAAGCAUAAAAAUGGCUACCUGAACUAUAAUGUCAAUACAGUCGUCCCUCGUUGCGGUUGUUAUGGUUGACUAUGGCCUUUUAUUAGUCCAAAAAUACUGAAAUACUGAGUAUUCUGGUCUCUACUAGGUGUCAGUAAUGUUACAUUGAUGAGGUAUUACCUGCAUGGAGGCAGCCAUGGAUGCAGACUACAUGACAUAGUGAAAAAAAAAGUUCUCCUCCCACUCUGUGUGGAAGUGGUACGUUUUUGGCUUCUUAUUUUGUCCUUCUUCCCCACUCAGUUUCAAACCCUGACUGAAGCAGGAUUACAUUCCGACGUAUGUGUUAUUUUUGGGAAAUUUGUUGGCCGUGAAGUAGGGUAUCAGAGGGGUUGCAAGUGUGUCGUACUUAUGGAGCAAGUGAUUCGUGACACCCACGCGCUUGCUGCUCACGCACUCCUCCUCUGCCUUUCUCUUGCGAGCUGGCUCCAUGCAAGGUUUUCCUGCAUGCACGCAGAAAAUUAUUUGCAUCCCAAUUUUCAAAUCCAUGCAGGCCACGUGCGUGUCUCUUGCGAUUUUGCCCAUUUUUGCACGUAGCCGCCAACGAGUCCCCAUGCCACUGCUUUUUUCUUUAUAUCUCUACCGUAUAUUCCUGUUUAUAAAUGUCAAAUAGCUCCGGGAAAUCUGACACGGCAAGUAUUGCUUGCGAGAGCGUACUGAUUAGCAUCCUGUCCGCUCAUUGGUCGAUCAAUGAAACUCCCCGCUGAUUGGUCCUCCUCUGGGCGACGGCGCUAAAAAGUUCAACAUUUUUCAACUUUCUGGGAUAUGACGUGCACGACCACUAACUUUCACACGCACGAAUUUCGCGUGCCGCUUGGCGGGACGUUGACUCGUGAUAAUCGCCCUAUCUCGCAGGUUCCAUUGAAAAUGAAUGGAGUAGAGGCGAUGUCGCCUCCCGUGUGUGGGGGCUAUAAACCAUUAAGACCACCAUUCAGGUUGUGAAUGUAGUAUUCUACAUUGGCCACUCUCUGUCUGUAAUUGUUCGGUGAGACAAGCACCACCAACAAGCUUAAAACUUAACUCUGAACCCCCGACGUCACUUCCUGUCUGCCACCCAUUCUGCUCCUCUACUAAGUAAACUGUCUUAAAUGGCUCAUUUUCUCUGAUUACAUCGACUAUAUCGGGUAAUAGGAGUGUAAAGGUGACUCUAGGUAUGCUAUUUCAUGUCUAGAGGGCUCUAAUAAUGUUAAAAGGGGGAUUUAGAAAAUUGUAAACAGGUUUUCUAGGCCAUAACUACAAACAUUUUAUAAAGAAGUAAUCCUACUUUGAGGAAAUUCACUUAUCACGGUCAGGUCUGGAACCAAUCAACUGCGAUAAACGAGGGAUUACUGUAUUUCCGCAUUUCUUAACCAAUUCCUAUUCUAACGUGAAAUCAUUCAGCUCAUGCAGGGUAUCUGUUUUCCACAUUACAAAAAUUCACACUUUCCAAACAUAUAUUCAAGGGGUGUCACGAUACUCGGCUCAUGAGACGAGGCGAUAGACGAUAUUGGGUUCACAAGACGAUAUUUUAACAUUACUUAUUACAUAUAGGACUGGACAAGGUUUUUUUCUUUUUUUUUAUUCAACUGAGUCACAAAUCCAUGUAGGUACAUUUUGAAAUGUUUUAAAACUUUGCAUGCAUGACCUAAGCAUGACGCUUUUAACUGUACUGAACUUUUUUCCACAAAUUGAUGAAGUGAAGAGAAGUGAAAUGAUGAAGGUUAAAAUAGUGACGGCAGUUGUAGCUGCUACUACGAACCAUUUAUGUUGACGAGUAGCUACGUAAAGACAUGAAAAAUAGAUUGCAGAUAGUCGUACAUUAGUUUUUGGUUACGCUAAAAGAGCUACCGUUCCCAUGAUGCUUAGGGCGCUGAACCAGGAAGUAGUGAAGCAGAUACUGCUAUCACAUGUUUUGAUAGAACUCACAUCUGACAAAUCUUAAGUAACUUUAAUCAAAUGUAGAAUUACUACAGCUUCUGCUUAGACAUUAACACGGUGGCGGCUGUUCAACUCAAAAAACCAGUCACAUGUCAUAGGCGGGUGAUGCUGGGAACACCGAGGUAGGUUGGAUUGCAAGGUUUAUAGUGUGCGUAGAGCACUUAAUCCUGCCUUGCACACUACCACUUCCAUAGUAUGUGUUUUAUCAUUCACAGUAGCGAUGCCAUAGUUCACAGUCUGAUAGACUUCGGGCUGCCCUGUUCUGGCGAGACAGCUUUUCUCAAGAAUAUCGUCACGAUUUAAUCUCACCAGAUCUCUGUGCUCAAUUCCCCUUGACUACUUCUGCAUUUCUGAAACCAUUCCAACACCAAAUCCUGUCCUAUUUUCAAGUUUUGUCAACAUUUCAACAGUGUUAUCACUUAACAGGUAAAAUGACUCCAUAUUUUGGCCUGAAAGCUGGAAAUCUAUGUAAUCACGACAAACCAGUAUCAGUUAAAGGUGAGAGAGAUCGUGGUCCGUUUUACCUCGACAGGCUGUUCCUGUGUGACGUGUGGUUUAUUUUUAUUGUACAUGUACGUUGGGAGGGGCUGAGACAAAAGUGACAAUGGUAACAUUAAACUACCACAACAAACAACCUGUCAAUACGUAGCUAAGUCACGUGCAUUCUCCCAAUACAAGUGUCUAUACUGUACGUAAGAUUCUAUAGAGCAGACUGUGUUCACCCUUUUUCUCAAUGCAAAAGCUAAUGUUUUAUUUCUUCCAUCGCUAUUUCAUGCACUUUUACCGCCUAUUAAUAAAUAAUCUUUUGUACUAUUUGGAAUAGGUCAUGUUUAAAUUAUAAUAUUCGAUAAAUAAAUCUGUUCUUUAAUAGUUAUAUGCUUUAUUAAUUGUAUUAUUAUGUUUUAUGUGUGUGUGUGAUUUAUGUGAUGAUUAUGUAUGUUUGUUUUUUAUUUUUACGAUUAUGCAGUUUUAUUUUUUACAAAUAUUUAUUCAUUUAUUAUUUACGACGUUGUGUUGGGGACACGUUGGAAAAAAAACGGAGACUUACGAGAAUAAAGUGGUAAUAUUACGUGCCAUCAUGUCGUAUGUGUCGGGAAGGAAAAUAGAGCAUAGCUUUUAUUUAUAACGUGGCGCAGAACAGAGCACUUGCGUAUUUAGCAUUUAGAUUAGCAUGUCUAGCUAGCCCUUCUCGCUUGCGCCUUCCUUACCCCGCCCCCUCCACGAGCCCGAGACCAACCGUCACAUAAGUCUCCCCUUUUCAUAGCUGUCUCAGCACUUUACACUACGGGUUUUUUCUCGUACAUUUACGACUUUAUUCUCGAAAUCUCCGAUUAUUUUAACACUCCGUCGUAACAGGCAUUGCCAGAGACAGCUACGAAAAGGGGAGACUUAUGUGACCUUGGCUUUUUUUUUUUUUCUCGUAAAUGUACGACGUUUUUAAAAAUUUCUGAAAAAAACAGCCGUAAAUGUACGACUUUUUCCCUUGUAAAUUUACCACUUCGUUCUCGUAAAUGUACGAUUUCGGAUUCCGUUUUUUCAAUGUGGGCCUAAUACUCCCUCGUAAUUAUUCAUUGAUUAUUAAUGAUUGAUUCAUUAUAACGGUUUUGUUAUUAAUUAAACAACAGUUUUGUAUACAAUGUGUGUAUUAGAUGUUCAGACUUUAGGGACACCACGUAUAUCGUAGAAUUAAAUCUCAUUUCCCUUAUUCGAAUACUAUUAAAAGUGAUAUUGUCAUUGAGGUGUAUGAAUGAUUUUUGUCAAAGAGGAAACCUUUUUUUGUUUUCAAGGUAAACAUCAGUUACUGAGGUACUAGAUGGAAAUGUAUUUCGGACAACGAAAAGUAUUGUACUGUGUUGUCAGAGGUUCAUUUGUCUUUCUAUGUAUGCUGUUAUGCAGGGUGUCCUGAAAGUCGGGACACAUGGGCAAAAAUGCCGAUAUUAUAUUGUAUUACAAAAAAAUCAUUGAAUUUAAAACAUAUUUUUAUUCAUGAUAUUAUUAUAUGCAAUAUUUUGUACUACUGUAAAAUAUGUCAUUAUUGUAUUUGUAUUUAUGAAUGUGUUUAAAUGACACAUUUGUUGUGUAAUGCAUGUAAACUAUAUUAUGUGUGUAUAUCACAGUAUAUGUCCAGACCUUAGGCUCACCUUGUAUUACUGAUUGCGUUUUGAUAACCCAUGGCCUACUAUAGCUAACGCUAUAUAACGCUCAAUGCUAUACAGUCAAGCUGUUGUCAUUAAAAAUAAUAAUAAUAAUACAAAACUGGAGAGCACAAGUGUAAACAAUUGCUCCUUUUCAGUCCAACCCAGCCGACAUAAAUGCUGAUUACUUUGCUUUGUCCUUCGUGCUUUGUGAACCACUACACCACCAACUACCCAUAUUUUGGUCACUCAAUCAGAGCUUUCCCUACUUCACUUCUGACUGCGCCGUCUUAUUUCUAUGUGGUUUCGUUUUCCUAGUCACAAACCACACGUUUUGCUUUUUGCGCUUAGCAUGCAAGUAUAAAAAAAUAUCAUUCAAAAACAUAUGUUAAUACAGUAAAAUACUAGGGACCCCAUUAUGUAUUUUUAUGAACACCGUCCGAAUUUCGUCCGUACUACGGAGCACCGAUUCACGAUCAAAAGGUACCAUGUUUCGGUAUUGCACUUUUUUGGGGAUUUUUGCCCAUCGUCCACAAUCCUUAUGUCAAAGAUGACCACAAGUAUUUCCGUUUUCUGUGCGUUCUAAAGAGAGAAAAACAGUUGGGCGCAUGUGGGCGCUAACAAUGCAUGUAACGGGACACACAUAUUCUGACUAUAAAGCCCUAAAAAAUCCCUCCAAAAAACGGCAACAAUGUUCUAUUUCCAUAGCUGACCUGUAUGUAAACCAAGCUACAGCGACAUUGUUAUUGUAGCAGCGAACACGAAGAACUACCUUUCUGGCGUAGUGACACAGUGCCUCACGCCACUUCCAAAACAGUGCGACUGGGGACUGAAUGGGGAAACAAAAACAAGCAUAUGAACAACUACGAAUUAACAACCAUAUUAUCUGUAAAGUAGUAGCCCACAUUCCAUGUUUGGGUUGUACACAGCUGGAUGGACUGUUGUGAUAUGAUGUGCCAUGCGCUCCAUGUAUCACAAUCAAUAUCAUGACACUUGUCUGUCUGGUCCAGCUGGUCUGGGUUGUCUUUCCCAGUUUAUUUUGGGUAAGUGGAUUGGGUUUGUUAGCAUUAACAACUCUUCUUUUGUUGUGAUGCAAUCUCUCGGAGCAAUGUCCUCCUCGCCGUACACACGAAGCCUUUCCAUCGAUGGUAGCACCGUAUGCCACUCCGUGCAGCAAGUCAUGCCGUUCCGGACUCUGUGGCCCCCUGUCUACUCAGACACCUCACUCUCUCCUCUUGCACUCAGCUUCGAAAACCGGUAGCUCAUCCUCCAUAUAGUCAGGCUCAAAACGAUACGGUUGUGGAUCCUCAUUUGUCCAAAAGUAGUCGUCUGUGGCGGCAGCUCUCACGAAGUCUGCCGUGAUUAGUAGUAGCAAAUACACACGCGCUUUCUACGCCGCUGUUGUUGACGGAAGUAGCAUUAGUUUCUACUGUAUCUACCAGGAAAGAAUUUCCGGUAAUGUUUAAAAUGACCAAAAUAAGGCAAAAUACUGUAAGUUUGACAUGAUAUCAUGAAAACAUGCUGUUUUUCUCUAUUUAGAACGCACAGAAAAGGGAAACGCAUGACGUGUUUUUAGACAUCAGUUAUCCACUUGGCAAUGUUUACUUACUCAUCCCCUGUCUGCCUCAGCAACCACAUGGCCUGUAAUGCUUUGAUUGGUUGAUUGGACGACACAAAGACGAAAUCAUUAUUAUUAUUAUUAUUGCUAUUAUUAUUAUUAUCAAAAAUCUGGUUUUACUUGACACAUUUGCACCAUUUAAUGACUCGUAUGCAGUGUAAAGUUACACCUUAAACCACACGCCUUCAUUUUAGGCCAUGGCUCCCAAUAAGACCUACAUAGGCACUCUUGCAAAGCUGUCCCUCUUGAAAGGUGACCUUUAAAAUCAGUUGUAUCAUGCCCUUAAACGUACAGUAUAAAUAAACCGUGCGCUCCCCGUUUCUCACACCUUUGUCAUCAAUUUCAUGAACCUUCUUGUGAUGUGGAACACAAAGCCGCAAAGAUGUCCCUCUGUGGGAUUGUGGGGGACCAAAGAAUUCUGAACAGAGCAGAAAGGAUCCACAUGGGAGCUCAUUUAAAAGCAACAUAUUUUUCAUAAAGCCUUGCUCGGACUCACAGCAAUUUUCAAAGAGAAGUAAAAGCAAAGUAAAAGUAAGUACAGCUGAACUGCGUCGGCAAACUUCACAGGGCCGCUCAUAAAAAUGUUUGAAAUUUGUGCUCUCCAUGUUUUGAUGUUAUGGGUUAAUGUCAUAUUGUAUGGGUGAAGAUAAACAAGCUAAUAAUGAUCAAGUGUGAUGGUGUGAAUGUUGAAGAGCAUUACACUCUUGUUAUUCUGCACCACAAUUCUUCUAAUUAUUCUUAUUCCGUCCCGUUUUUUAAAGCUGCUGUCACAUUCCUCAACCCAUCUAAAGCAUUCCGUCAUCCGUCAUGUUCCGAUGGCGAGGUAUUGACAAGUUCCCACAAAUUCACGUUUUGUCCAGUUCCACAUUUUCUGUGACGACAUUACCAUUGAAAAUGAAUGGAAUCAAAGCAUUUUUACAAGUUCCGCAUCGUCACAUUGCUCAACCGAUUCAAACCAUUCCAGCAUCAAAACCGCCAGCUCACACAGGACAUUCCGACUACCAAUAUUUAGCAUUCCCAAAAUUCCAAUUUUCCCUGAAACUCCCCAUUUUCCGUAGCUAAACUCAUCUUAACUCAUUCAAUACCAAAGACGUAUUUAUACGUUUUUUUAAACCCAAACACUCGCUCCCGAAGACGGGUCUUUUUUGCUACGAGACGCAAAAAGAGGUGAUGACGCAACUGCAGAUUAAAAAAGUCGCUUUUCAAGCAGUUGUAAGCCAUAAAAACGGCCACAAGGUGGCAGAAGUGCAUUUGAUAAGGCAUUGGCAUAAGGAAUCAUAAGGUGUUGAUCUUUUAUGCAGUCAUAGAAAAAAUGAUUAGACCAUCCUUGUUUCUUUAGUUUCUUGUUCUUUUUAGUCCCUGAUACAACUAAAGGUACUUUUGUUUGGACAAAUAUAACAAUGACAACAAAAAUAGCUCAAUUAAUUCAAUUUUAUGGCAGUACAAUGCUAUAGCUAUUCAUGUAGGAACUGAAGUGAUUUUGGUUAUUAUCAAGAAAACCAUGGAAGUUUCUAGAUAUCAGCUCUUAAAUUAAACUCUUACGAGUUAUAUUUGUUAUCAUCAUUAUAUUUGUCCAAACAAAAGUAGCUUUAGUUGUACCAGGCAUCAAAAUGGAUCAAUAAACUGAAGAAACAAGGGUGAUCUACUCAUUUUUUCCACAACUAUAUGUAUUUACACACUCAACAGCAAGGAGGAAGUGGAAGAGCAUGGAGGAGUGUAGCGUCCAGAAGGUUACGCUUUGUAGGGAAACUUUAACACGUGCACACGCACACACACACAGUUUACUUCCAAAUGUGAAAAUUGUAAAUAGUUCAUGGUGUUCUAGUUGCAAAUAAAUUUUUAUUUUGAUGUAAAACCACCCUUUUUGGUGUCUAAUAUGGCUGGUGCUGAAGGGGUUGUCUUUUGAAAAAUGGUUGGGAUUGAAUGGUCCGAUUCAAAACAUUCAGUCAAGUUUGACUUACUUCCCAAAAUUCCACGUUUUUACAAGCCCAAAUUCCGUUUGAUCUUGAGAAUUCUCACUACUGUCACAUUUCUCAACCCGUUCAAAGCAUUCCAUCAUCACAAUGUUCCACUCAUUCAGGACACGAUGGCGAGGUGUUGACACGUUCCCAAAAAUUCCCAUGUUUUCUGUAAUUCCACAUUUUCUGUGACAAUAUUACCAUUGAAAAUGAAUGCAUGUAUACAAGUUCCACAUUUCUCAACCAAUUCAAACCUUUCCAACCUCAAAGCCUUUGGCUCACUCAGGACAUCCCGACUACCAAUAUUGCACCUACCCAAUAUUCAAAUUUUCCCCAAAGUUCCAAAUUUUCUACAAAAAAUUCUCUUUGAACUUGAGAAUUUGUUCUACUUCCCAAUUUCUUAACCAAUUCAUAACAUUCUGCGCAUUUUCGACUUACUUCCCAAAAUUCCACGUUUUCCAAGGCCAAAUUCCCUUUGAUCUUGAGAAUUCUUACUACUGUCCCGUUCAAAGCAUUUCAUCAUCAAAAUGUUCCGCUCAUCCAGGACACAAUGGCGAGGUAUUGACACGUUCCAAAAAAUGGAAAUUAAUGGAAUGAAUGCGUUUGUACAAGUUCCACAUUUGUCAACCAAUUCGAACCAUUCCAAAUUCAAAACCUUCAGCUCACUCAGGACAUUUGGGCUUUUAAUAGUCCCCAUUUUCCACAGCAACAUUCCCUUUGAGGUUAAGAAUUCUCACUGCUUCCCAAUUCAAAACAUUCACGGCAUAUUCGACUGAUUUCCCGGAAAUUCCACAUUUUCCAAGCCCAAAUUUCCUUUGAUCUUGAGAAUUCUGACUACUUUGACAUUUCGCUACCCAUUCAAAGCAUUCCAUCAUCAAAACAUUCAGCUUAUUCAGGACGUUCAGGCUAGCUAUCACGAGCAGCAGUGGCUCAGGAGGUAGAGCAGGUCGUCCGGAAACAGUUACUGUUGUUGGGCAAGACACUUCACCCCCCUUGCCUCUGGUGCUACUGAACGUUUGGUGGUCUUAGCGCUUAUAUUUUCCCACAUUUCAGCCCAUUCAAACCAGUCCAGUGUCAAAACAUUCAGGGUAAGAAUUUUCCACAUCCCCCAACUUGCAAAUUCCACAUUUUACACACUUCAGCUCUUCAGCAUUCACACGUAAUUUCCACAGAAAAGGCCUUCUCUACUUUUUGUAUAUGAUCCAUCAAUACUUAGAAUGAUUUUAUUCUAUUUGCCAAACCAUCAGACCACUAUUGUUAUCUCCAUGAAGCAAACGUUUAUAUGAUGUGAACUGUGCGAAUAAAAAUAUACAAUUUCUUGAUACAGACACCUGUCAGGUUGUCACUCGCUCUUUCCAGGAGGUUGAUGACGCUGUCAGAGCUCAUUUACGGUGUUCACAUUCUUGUCUAGUGAAACUUGAAUGAUUGAAGCGCUGUCUCUCACCUUUCAGGCUCUUAGUCUCUGUUGUUCUACGUGGACUUUAUGUGAAGUUUCUCACACACGUAAUUUAAGACACACAGCAAGCGUGUGCACGGAAGCACACGGGAAACCCGCAGGGAUUUUUGGCGGAUUCGCACAGACUUCUAAAGCCAUUAAGUUUUGCACUUUUUGUGAUUACAAGUUUUGUCACUUUGGUUCAACUCUCAUCCUUGAUCAUGCAUCCUGCAAAUGUUCUAGUACACCUGAGCCCCAGCGGUGGGUUUGGAGCUCCACCCUUACCCUCCGGCCCCUGCUGCUCUCCGUUUCCUUCUUCCCCCUCUGGGGCCUAUUCUCUGCAGCAUCACCGGGUAUGAAACAAGCCUCGGAGGGUGCGAGACGGUUAAGCUGAGACGAGAGGAAGCGGUUAUCGGCCGUGAUUGGCGACACACUGGCACAGCUCCACGGGUCCUGUCUCUCACUGCCUCCCUUGGAAGGGAGGGGCGGGGCUGAGCGACUACAAAGCAGUGCUGAAUUUACAGUGAGAUCCAACCUCACCUAUUGUGAACUCUUCCGUCGUCUGUUUUACAGUGUUUCCCCCAAUUGCUUUAAAACCUCCACACAUUUUCUCAAAACAAAAUGAAAAAAUGAUUUUAUGAAAUUAUUUUAUGAAAACCUUUCACACCGAAGCUGUCGGCGACGACCAGAUUGGCAGUGCUAUUUUGAAACUAUUCACGCAACUGAAAUAAUUCCAAUAGUUUCUGAGACUAGAGGCGCUGCGCUCUGUACCCCAAAGGACUGCGCCGUAGCAGCGCCAAAAACCAAGACAUUGUUACAAAGCAGAGUGGGGGGUUUGUUUACGAAGGCGCGUGAGCAGGUGUGAUGAAGGGGGACGAAGGAGCAAGCUUUUUAUAUGACAAAGUUACAAUGAGGUGUUUCAUGUGUUGUUGUGAUUUUUCUUGACUGCAAACAUGUUGACUACUUUGAUAAACAGCUGAUUUGAGGAGGGAGGAAAUCAUCUGAAUCCUAGGAAGUACAGUGGUGGGAAAAAGUGUUUGCCUCCUUCCUGAUUUCUUAUUUUUUUGCAUGUUUGUCAAAUUUAAAUGUUUCAGAUCAUCAAACAAAUGUCAAUCUUAGUCAAUGACAACACAACUGAACACAACAUGAAGUUUUUUAAUUUUUAUUAUUAAGGCAGGCAGAAAAAAUCCAAACAUACAUGGCAUUGUGUGAAAAAGUCUGGAAAAGGUUAUAAAGCUGUUUCUAAGGCUUUGGGACUCCAGCAAACCACAGUGAGAGCCAUUAUCCACAAAUGGCGAAAACAUGGAACAGUUGUGAACCUUCCCUGGAGUGGUUGGCCAACCAAAAUGACCCCAAGAGCGCAGCAAAGACUCACCCAAGAGGUCACAAAAGACCCCACAACAACAUCCAAAGAACUGCAGGCCUCACUUGCCUCAGUUAAGGUCAGUGUUCAUGACUCCACCAUAAGAAAGACACUGGGCAAAAAUGGCCUGCAUGGCAGAGUUGCAAGACCAAAACAACUGUUGUAUAAAAAGAACAUUAAGGCUCAUCUCAAUUUUGCUAGAAAACAUCUUGAUGAUCCCCAACACCUUGGGGAAAAUACUCUGUGAU